AUGUGGCCCCUCUGGCUCCUCAUGUCCCUGCUGGCCCUGAGCCAGGCCCUGCCCUUCGAGCAAAAGGGUUUCUGGGACUUCACCCUGGACGAUGGGGUGACCAUGCUGAACGAUGAGGAGGCUUCCGGUGCCGACACCUCGGGCGUCCCGGACCUGGAUGCCCUCACGCCCACCUUCAGCGCCAUGUGUCCUUUCGGCUGCCACUGCCACCUGCGGGUGGUUCAGUGCUCGGACCUAGGUCUGAAGUCUGUGCCCAAGGAGAUCUCCCCCGACACCACACUGCUGGACCUCCAGAACAAUGACAUCACUGAGCUCCGGAAGGACGACUUCAAAGGCCUGCAGCACCUCUAUGCUCUCGUCCUGGUGAACAACAAAAUCUCUAAGAUACAUGAGAAGGCCUUCAGCCCCCUGCGGAAGCUGCAGAAGCUCUACAUCUCCAAGAACCACCUGGUGGAGAUCCCUCCCAACCUGCCCAGCUCCCUGGUGGAGCUCCGUAUCCAUGACAACCGCAUCCGCAAGGUGCCCAAGGGCGUGUUCAGUGGGCUGCGCAACAUGAACUGCAUCGAGAUGGGCGGGAACCCCCUGGAAAACAGUGGCUUUGAACCUGGAGCCUUCGAUGGCCUGAAGCUCAACUACCUGCGCAUCUCUGAGGCCAAGCUCACCGGCAUCCCCAAAGACCUCCCUGAGACCCUGAAUGAACUCCACCUGGACCACAACAAAAUCCAGGCUAUUGAGCUGGAGGAUCUGCUCCGGUACUCCAAGCUGUACAGGCUGGGCCUGGGCCACAACCAGAUCCGCAUGAUCGAGAACGGAAGCCUGAGCUUUCUGCCCACCCUGAGGGAGCUGCACUUGGACAACAACAAGCUGUCCAAGGUGCCUGCUGGCCUUCCGGAUCUCAAGCUACUCCAGGUGGUCUACCUGCACACCAACAACAUCACCAAGGUGGGCGUCAACGACUUCUGCCCCAUGGGCUUCGGGGUCAAGCGGGCCUACUACAACGGCAUCAGCCUCUUCAACAACCCUGUGCCCUACUGGGAGGUGCAGCCAGCCACCUUCCGCUGUGUCACCGACCGUCUGGCCAUCCAGUUUGGCAACUACAAGAAGUAG